AUGAUUCCAGAAAAGCGACGAAAGUUGGACUUGGGCUCUCCUGACCUCAGCCAACGAGCAAAGGAGGUCGUGGACAAGAUUGCCGCGGGUUGUCAGGCGGAGAACGGCUUUGGAGACUUUAGCAUAUCCCUUUAUGACACGGCCUGGCUGUCUAUGGUCACUAAGGCCGAUGCAGCAGGAUCUCAUCAAUGGGCAUUUCCCGAGUCAUUCAACUUCGUACUUCACCAACAACGCGAGGACGGAUCUUGGGGAGCCUACUCCUCCCCUGUUGAUGGGAUCCUCAAUACCCUAGCGGGUGUUUUGUCUCUACUGGUCCAUCAAUCCCAAACAAGGAACGAAGGUCCGGAUUCCUACGAGCCCAUCGUCUAUGAACACCGAAUCUCGAAGGGAAUUGACUCUUUGUCCUCCGCACUGAAUGAAUGGGAUGUUGAGGCUACCGUACAUGUGGGGUUCGAGGUUCUCGUGCCGAGUUUGCUCUCUCAACUAGCACAACAGGGCAUCGAGGUGCAGUUUCCGGGCAAGGGCAUCCUCAUGCAGCUGCAUCAGCAAAAGCUGGCAAAAUUCGUCCCUGAGAUGGUGACUGGAAAGCAUCAAACAACUCUUCUUCACUCGCUAGAAGGACUGAUUGGCAAGGUGGACUUCGAUCAGCUGGCCCACCACUGCACUGCAUACGGCGGCAUGUUAGGCUCACCGGCCUCAACGGCAGCAUAUCUCAUCCAGAGCACGCACUGGGAUGAUGCCGCCGAGAAGUACCUUCGCAAUGUGAUCCGGAGCUAUGGCUCGUGCGGAGGUGUGCCUAGCGGGUUUCCAACACCGGUCUUUGAGACCUCGUGGACGAUUUCAACGCUCCUCGCGAGCGGCUUUGCGGUAGAUAAUUUUGCAAAUACCGCGCUCCAGACCAUUGGGCAGUAUCUCCAACAGUUGUUUGAGAAGCAGAAUGGACUGCUCGGCUUCGCGCCGGGAUUCCUGGCCGACGCAGACGAUACAGCCAGAACCUUUCUCGCGUCCACAUACCUAGGUAGUCAAUUGAGUCCUUCUGCCCUCGUGAAGCACUUUGAGGCACCGGACCAUUUUCAAACAUAUCGACUCGAGCGCAACCCCAGCUUCAGUGCCAACGCCAACAUUCUACUCGCCCUGCUACGAACGUCAGACCCGGGGGUCUACACCACCCAGAUCAAAAAGGCCGUGCGGUUUAUCCUCGCGGGGUGGAACAACGGCCAGCUGCUCGAUAAAUGGAACCUAGCCCCGGAGUACAGCGAGAUGCUCUUGACCUGUGCGCUGACCCAGCUGGUCAAACUCUGGACCCAAGGACAGCUGCGCGAUCUGCCCCACGAGCUUGUCACGCUGCGGCUUCCCAUAGCUCUCUGCCAGUUGCUAUCGCGGUGUCUGAGCCGUCAGUCAGAAAACGGUUCCUGGGCUGGCUCACCCGAGAGAACGGCCUACUGCGUGCUUCUCCUUUCCUAUAUCUUGGAGCUCCCGUGGCCCGAUUCUGUUCGCGAAAUAGCCCACGCGAGUUUAAACCAGGGCCAAGACUACCUCUCCACGCAUGCCGACAAGUGGACAGACGGCGACUACAUCUGGGUAGAGAAGGUGACUUACAAGCUCCCUAUCCUCAGCGAGACAUACUGCCUGGCAGCGAUGAAGGCCCCCGUUAGCGAGUGGCCGUGGACGCCCGAAGUCGCCGCGAUAUUCUCCGCCGAAGACAAGAAGUUGAAGAUGAUGGCCACCUUCUUCGGCCGCCUGCCGCUGUUCCAGAAGACGGGGACCAAAACCAUGCUGCUGGCUGUCAUGGAGGCGAAGCUAUACUCGCGCCUACUAAAGACCGUGCGACUGGAUAUCUUCCCACGAGACGAAAUGCGCAUGACAGAGGACAAGUACAUCGAGUACAUCCCGGCAGCAUGGUGCUGCGUCAACGCGGCGACGGAGUUCCCCCUGGCAGGCACCAUCAUGUGGGAUAUGAUGGUCAUUUCGAUGCUUAACUACCAAGCCGACGAGUACAUGGAGACGGCUGUUGCGCAGUUGUCGGACCGCCAGGUCUCCCAGCUCAAGUCCACCCUCCGGUCUGAGUGCUUUGACCAGCCGAUUUGCCUAGAGAGCGAAUCGCCCAACGAGGAACCCGCCUUGCAACCGACCCCAGUACCCUCAGACUCCGGGAACGAGUCUCCAGUCUCAUCACCCAAAGACGCCGCGGCCGUGAUCCGCAAAUACAUCCACCACGUGCGACGACAUCCCUGUGUGACGGCAACUCCGGAACUCGCACAGCAUCAAGUCGCAGACGAGCUGUACAAGUACCUACUGGCGCAGAUUGCGCACAAUGCUGAUAAUCAGCAGCUCAGGGACGGGAACGUGUCGCGCGUGCCGUACUUCGACUGGGUGCGCACGACGGGCGCCAACGACACCAGCUGUCCGUAUUCAUUUGCGUUCUUUUGCUGCCUAGUCAGUCAGAAUAAAUCGUACUGUCUUGUUUCGGCGAAGGCGCGGUAUUUCGCCCGAGCUAUGGUGGUGCAUCUCGCUACGCUGUGCAGACAGUAUAAUGACUACGGAUCCUCGCGGCGGGAUGCGGAGGAGGGGAACCUGAAAAGUCUUGACUUUGAGGAGUUCAAGAACGGAAAGGCUGUGGAGGGAGACCGGGACAGUCGCAAGCACGCUCUUCUGGACAUUGCGACGUGCGAGAAGGAGUGCAUGGAGCUGUACUUGGGGCGUCUUUCUACAGAGGUGGACAAGUCGACUGGGCGCCGCAUCAAGGCGUUUGUAGACGUGACGGACCUGUUUGGGCAGAUCUAUGUAGCGCGGGACAUUGCUAGUAAGCAGACUUAG